AUGGAGAGCAUCUCGGAGAGCAACGCAGCCAAAGGCGACCCGGAGUCUCUCAAGAACAAGGUCCUGGAGACCGGAGCUUCCAUGAUUCAAAACUUCGAUCCACCGAAGCGCAUCUGUGCCCACCUGAACGCUUUCCAUGUAUACGCCAACGACCCGACGCGCGUAUCAGAGGCCAAUCACUACUUCAACGACGACAUUCGUCAAUGCAUCCUCUAUGAUGGCCCAGGCCCAAACGCUCGUCUCAUCGGCGUGGAGUACAUGGUAACGCCGAAGAUCUACAACGACCUGGAUCUCGAGGAGAGGAAGCUCUGGCACUCACACGUCUUUGAAGUCAAGAGCGGCAUGCUCAUUAUGCCGGCUCCUGUGGGAGUACCCGACGCGAUUUGGGAGGUGGCAGAAAAUGAGGAGAUGAAGGAGGUCGUACACCUCUACGGCAAAGUGUUUCAACUAUGGCAGGUCGAUCGCGGCGACAAGGUUCCUCUCGGGAAGCCAGAAUUGAUGACGAGCUUCACUGCAAAGGACCAGUUCGACUUUGACAAGUUUGUUGGUGAUCGAGACGCUAGAUUUGGAGUAGAUAGCACGAAGAAGGCGGCGAGUAGAGCGCAUAUCGAGGAGGUGACUGUCCACGAGGAUGCGGACCAAUUGUGGAAGAAAUGGGACAACAAGACAGUUGAAUGA